AUGAAGCGUAUCCGAACGUAGCAUUAAUAAUUUUUUACAGCGUCAGAUCACAGAUGAAUGGGGUACUCUUGUUAUUAUUAAAACGUAUAACCUUUAUGUUUCACUUAAUUUUUUUAAAAGAAACGCUUAAUUUCCUGUGUUACUGUGCAUUAAAUAGUGAAUUUGUGGAUGAUUUCGGCAACCACGCCGAAAUUCAGUGCCUAAGAUGUUCUGUUUGCAAGAGAAGGAGCUGCCACACUCCGAACCGUUUGCGGAGAAGGACCCGCUCGACGCUCAAGCGCUGUCAGAUUCGAGCGACGAUGCGCCGCCACAGAAACGUAUCAAAUACGACUCGGAACUCAACCUUCAAGUGUACCAAAUACCGACUUUCAAUACACCCAAAUCACUGUCAAUAUAUCCCAUGCCAUCGAACACAUUACCAAAAUUUGUGAACAAUCCCUUGAAUCUAGCAAAUCCUUUAAAUAUAAGUAGCAAUGUCAAUAAUGUGGUUAAGUCGCUGCAAAGUCGAUAUUCCUUGCCGUCGAAGCUUAUGAUCACUCCGGUCACAAAGAUCGAGGGAGAGGUGAUUAGGUAUAAGAAGAAUGGAGAGAUAGCGAAGAAGAGAGGACCACCGAAGGGAUAUAAACGGAAACCAAAGGAUUUGUCGCAGAGUUUCACGAAUGGAGCUACAUUACAGACGCAGAACAAAAUUCUGACAACCCUCUUAGCAACAAAUAAUACCACUGUCACAGCACUCGAAUCGGAACCUGAGGUUAUCGUCCCUCCAGUACCCUGUGAGCCGAUAAAAUUGCCACCAGGUGUAGAACUUGUAGAGUUACUCCUCGAUCCAGAAGACUGGUUCCCCACCGAACCCUACAGGAUGAUAUUCAGUAGAAAAAAGAAUCCCAAGUGGAAAAACUUCCCCUACAGAUGCGAACAUUGUUUCAAGGGCUACCGCGUAGCGUCCACGCUGGUCAGCCACGCGGCGGAGAGGCACGGCAGCGUGCCCAAGGAGCUGGCGAUACCGUGCCCGUGCUGCCCGCACGUGUCGCUCCGCCGGAAGCAGCACAAGAAACACCUCGAGACGCACGCCGGCAAGCGCCACCGGAUCUUCUGCGUCUACUGCCUGCCGGCGCGUGACCCAUCGGAACCGUACGUGAAGGAAUCUGAGAAAUACUCAUUCGACAAAUACCCGCAGUAUUGGUACGCCUCGGAGGAGUCAUUGCGCCUUCACAAGAAGCGGAAACACCCGUACGCCGCCAUGUUUAAUUACAACUGGUUCUGUACGUGGGGCGAAGUUCCGGCGAACAGCUAAGCGCGGUAGAAAUUUGGUAGAAAUCGGUAGAAAUUGGUAGACAUAGUUGGAAGUACAGUAAAGUGUUGUAUAGUGACUCGGUUUCGAUUGGUAGGAAUUUAUUGACAAGGGCAGGCGUGUCCACGCAUUUUUGACUGGCGUUCCUUUUAUGAAUGGCUGAGAACAAAAAUUUUGUGUAUAGUAGAAAUUUGUAGUUUUAUGAGUCACAAUUGAACGUUUUGUGUUUUUGAUUCGUUAUUUUUUUUAAAUUGUAAAUUGGUACACGAAAUUAAGUUUUUAAUAUCUGGUUCAUUAGACAGUUUUAAAUAUAAUUUUAAUAUCUUUUAUAAAUAAAAUCGUAAUUAUUGCCAUGUAAAGGCCAGUGUGCGGAAUAUGUAGUGCGUUAAAAUAACACGAGCCUUAGUACUUACGAUUAGCGUAGUGAUUAUCGUAUUGGUGUUGCCAAAUUAAAGCUAUGGUAGAAAUUGUAUAUAUUUUGGGAGAUUUUUAAAUUGAAAUUAACGAAAUAGCGAUCGUGCCUUGGAUUUUAUCACAUUCCAAUAUAAUAAAUGGAUAUGCCAAUAUUUUUAGAUGCUUUAAAUAAAACCUUAAAAUUAACGGGGAUAGAGUGUAAGUUUGUAUGGCAGUUAGCUUUAUUAUUCAUUAUAUUACUGUAAGACGCUUUUAAGUAAUUAAUUAAUGUAAAUAAUCACAAAUAUUGACGUCCAUUUAUUUUGCAUUUCCUUGUAUGUGCAGAAAAUACGGAGAAAAUCGUAAUGAUUAGGUUUUCGUAUGAGCAUGUUUUUUGUAUGUAUGUCGAUUUGAACAAGCGAAACUAUUAGCCCAUCUGAUAUUGUCGCGUUGUAUUAAUAUUCCACAAAAAAUAAUUUUUAAAUAUUUCUCUAAUAUUUCUCUAAGUGAUCACAUGAUAUAAAAGAUUUGUAUAGAGGCGUAAAUGAAUUAAUUAUGAUUAAAUACGUAAAAUUAUAUGGAAAGAGUUGAUCCAAUACAUUACAUCCGUUUUGAUUAUUUUAAAAUUUUGUAUCAAUUACAUUUAGAAUAUCCACAAGUGCUCGACUCAUAAUGGUCGACGAAAAGAAGAAAAUGUUUGUUAAUUUGAUAAAUCAGCGCAUAGUAAGUCUAAAGUUACUAAAAAUAUAUAUGAAAUUAAUACAUUUAUAAGCAAAAUAUCGUAUUUCAAACGAAAAGCAGUGUUGAUUGACAGAAAGUAUUUUUACCUAUACCUAAUAUAUGGUUUAUUUCGGUUCCAUUAUCUUAUCAAAUUUUGAUGUGAAACAUCCGUAGAAAACGCACGCACGCACGUAAAACAGAUUUCUGGCGUGGCGACGCAUGCCGUGGCGACGCGUCGCCACGCUAAAUGAUAGUGUAUAAUAUAUACAGUCUAUAUGCAGUAGUGUGUACGGUGUAAUAAUUUAUUUUAUCAUUAUGACAUAUUUAGUUCCUAUCACAGUCUAUUCUUUGCAUAUUAAUUUUAUAAAAUAAUGUCGAUGUUUCACAUCUGCCAGGCGUACCGUGACGGCUCACAUUUUUUUUUAACUGCAAAAAUCAUUCAAUUAUUUACUGCAUUUUAUAGAGAUACAUCUCUAUAAAAUGCAGUAAAUAAUUAAAUAGUGCAGAACCGAGACUAAAUAAUAUUUUUUUCUUCAGUAGUAGAUCACUCUCUAAUGCUUCGUUUAUGAGUCGUGCAAUAACGAUCUUUUAUUUCGUCACACACAAUAUUUAAAAGUAUAUAAUAAUAUAUAUAUUGUUUUUACAUUGAUCUCUAAUGAUAUAGAAUAUAACACUCAUAUUUGUAGCGUAUAUGUUGACAAUAGAUGCUAUCAUAUAUCAAUAACAUAUUUUAUAAACAGUCACAUUGAACUAAAUAUUUUAUUCACAAUUCUAAAAUUUUUCGGGCCUAGCAACAAUGUUGGUAUCGAUUUCUAUGAGGAUUUUUGUAGGUACAAUGCGUGUGGACACCCUAUUGGUAUUAAUUUAUGUGUUUUUUUAUGUUUGCGGAAACAGUUUUUCUAUUACAUAGGUGAAGUAACGUUAAAUUAUAUCCAAAAUAUAACAAUUUACAAUUUGAGCAAAAAAUUGAUUAAUAAAUCUUAACGAAUAAUAUAAAGGCAUAUAAUUAUCUUUGUUCUGUCCUCAGAGCAUUAGUAGGUUACAUAAACUUAAUAAUACAGAUAAUGCUAAGGGGAUAACAUUGUGAGAGACUAAUGCCUGAAGUAGGCUAUACAGCU